UACAUGGCAGUGUCGACCCCCUGUACACAAGUGCAUCUCAGUUGCUUAGUUAAAAACGUUAUUAGUAAAACAGGUCUGACCUCUUUGUUAUUAUCAUUCUGGUUCUUAUGUGAUUCAAUUGAAUUUUAAAUCUGAAAGCAUUAUUUUAAGAGAUGGCAAUGUACGUAAAUGCAAGGAUUGCAAGGCUCUGUCAUUGUGUGGAAAGUUUACAGAAUUUGGCUACUCUCAUAAAUAGAAACAAGACGGUUUUCAAUAAAAUAUGCAGGAAAAACUUUAUACAAAGUGAGAGCUUGUUCACCGCACCUGUACUAAAUGGGAUAAUAGGUCUUGAGGAACCAACGGUACCGAAAGCUCAAAAGAAAAUUAUUAGACCACGGCUGAAAAUUACCCUUAUUAUGACCGAUGGUAGUAAGGAUGUAAUGUGGUUGGACGAGGCAGAAAAAGUGGCCAAGCGUCGCGAUGUGAAAUUAAUGAAAUUAUUGGAUUAUGACGAGAAGGAGCAAAGACCAUUGUAUAAGCUUAUGUCAGAAAAAGAGUAUUUUCAAGAAGAUGUUAAGCAAUCGUUGAAGGAAAUUCCUUCGGAGAAAAAAUACUCCCGCCACUCCGUCAAGUUAAUUUCUAUAUCAAGUAAUAUUGCAGAUCACGAUUUGGGUAUAAAGAUCAAAAAUAUAAAUAAAAUGUUAACUAAGAAUCAAGAAGUAAGUGUCUUGAUCAUUUCUCAAGGGAAGGAGGAUGUUACGAACAAGAUAUUGCAAACCAUUAAAUCUGGAGUUAAGGAACACGGCAAGAUCGCAACAGAGAAUAAAAAGGGCAACGCAUGGAAGCUCUUAUUACAACCAAUUCCAACAGCCUCAAGUUCUACAGAUAUAAUCAGCACCGCUUCUGAAAAAGAAACCAGCUAGUGAAGAAAUAUCGAACUUCCUAAUAUUCUGUCUCGAUGAAGUGGCAAUGAAUUUUAUCCUUCAAAGGAUUUACGUGUAACUUUCACUUGUAUAUUUGGUAAUAGUCCUGUAAGAUUUAAUUUAAGGAGAUUAGUAAUUAUAAUAUAAGAAACCAUUCUUCUUCAAAGAACAUUUCAGGUUAUAGUAGCAUGGGAGUGUUACGUUUUAGUAACAUUUUAUCUUUCCCCAUUUGCAACGGAAAUAUAGGUCCAGGAAAUCUAGGAUUGCACAAGCACAAAUGCCCAAUGAGAACCUAAUAUCCUUCAGGUUCGCACACUGUUGACAAUGUCAAAAAGCUUUUGCGGAAUAUGUUGACCAAAAUAAAUGGUCAGCACUUUGCAUGA